AAACAUUCCAAUUCCAUAGUGAUACAAAAUGUGUAGUAGACAAGUAUUGUCUGGAAUUCUCAAGAAGGGAACUGCCUUUAUUCAGGGCAGCAUUUUUGAUAAGAGAAAAAUCGAACUCUAUAGACAUCACCGAAACCUGACAUCUAUCAGUUGUGACAACACGGUCAACCGUGGCGCCAAGUUUGACAUAGUCUGCAGGAAUCUGAUGGCUUCCUCCCAAAACAGAUCAAAGAACAACUCUGAACCUACUGUGCGAAAAGUUAUUUUAACGCAAUGUGCGCCCAAACCUGUUGGACCUUACAACCAAGCUGUUCAAUUCGGCAACACCCUCUACGUUUCUGGUGUUCUGGGUCUUGACAAGAACAAGAUGGAGCUUGUGGAAGGAGGUGUUGGUGAACAAGCCAAGCAGGCUCUGGUGAAUUUGGGACACAUCCUGAAAGCUGCAGGUACAACCUAUGAGAAUGUCAUCAAGACUUCGAUAUUUUUAGAUGAUAUCGGUAGUUUCAAGGAGGUUAAUGAUGUGUACAAGGACUUUUUCCAAAGUAAUCCGCCAGCUAGGUCCACCUAUCAGGUUGCAGCACUUCCUCUGGGAGCUUUAGUGGAAAUUGAAGUGAUUGCUGGGACUGGUGAAAUAGAACAAGUAUCUUGUAACUGUGGUAGUAAAAUGUAAACUAAUGUAGAUUUCAAAGUUACAAUAAACGCAGACUAUGUCUGCAAGUGCCUCUGUC